GCUGAUCACACACCACAUGAGAUUCAGACUUCAAACCCCCCCCCUCUAUCCUCUCUCUCUCAUUGUUGACUUUGCUGACUCUUGCAAAUUCCGCCGUCGCCGUCAGGCCAUGAAAAGCUGAUCAGGCGGCUGGAUCAAGAACCCCUAUAUAAGUCUUCGCUCUCUGAUCCUGUCGUCAUCUCUUCUUCGUCGUCGUCAUCGUCAUCGUCAAACCCUAACUCUAAAGCCCCCACAGAGACACACGCAGACGCUCAGAGGGAUCCCCAGUUCGCCGCGAUGGACAUGUGGUACAGUGGCUGCCAUCGCCGCCGCCGCCUCUGCUCGGUGCUCAACUCCUUCACCAUCGCCUGCGAAGCCUUCUCUGAACUCCUCUCCUCACCGAUCUCGUCCUCGAUCACGAUUUCCGAAGCCUUCACGCUCUAAUCCCUCGGAAUCCAGUCCCAGAUCAGAGAAAUUUUUUCCAAUUUUCUGCGUCUUUUUUUUAGUCAGUCUUCCUCCGAUCAUGGCCGAGUUCGAUGCGGGGGAAGGCGACGAGUUCGCGGAGAGAGACCCGACCGGCCGCUACGGCAGGUACGAAGAGAUACUCGGGGAGGGCGCUUUCAAGACCGUCUACAGGGGGUUCGAUGAGACCAAAGGGAUCGAGGUGGCGUGGAGCAAAGUCGAUAUCGAGCCCUUCCUCGAGUUCCCGCAGCACCUCAAGCGGCUCUACGCGGAGGUUGAUCUGAUCAAGUCUCUCAGGCACGAGAACAUCAUCAAGUUCUGCAGCUCGUGGGUCGACGAGGGGAAUAAGACUAUCAAUAUGAUCACCGAGCUGUUUACCUCAGGGAGCUUGAUGCGUUACCGGAGGAAGCACCGGAAGGUCGACGCCAAGGCGAUCAAGAACUGGUGUAGGCAGAUUCUGAGGGGCAUCCACUACUUGCACAGUCAUAAUCCCCCGAUCAUCCACCGGGACCUCAAGUGCGAGAACAUCUUCGUGAAUGGGUAUGAUGGGCAUGUUAAGAUUGGAGAUCUGGGACUGGCCAUUGUGAUGCAGCAGCCCAUUGCCCGGAGCGUGAUCGGGACCCCGGAGUACAUGGCCCCUGAGCUGUAUGAGGAGGAGUACAACGAGCUCGUGGACGUCUACUCUUUUGGGAUUUGCGUGCUUGAGCUGGUCACCUGCGAGAGACCCUAUAGCGAGUGUAACAAUCCUGCUCAGAUUUUCAAGAAGGUCAUGUCCGGGCAGAAGCCUGCUUCUCUAGGCAGGGUUAAGGAUCCUGAGUUUAAGCAGUUCAUCGAGAAGUGCCUUCUUCCUGCCCUGGAGCGGCCAUCUGCUUUUGAGCUUCUGAAUGAUCCUUUCCUCGCGGGUGGUGAAGACUCGACCAAGCUCAAGAGUAGGACUAGUCAGAUUAGUCAAAGUUCACUUUCUGAGCUGAGGCUGUCCACAAAAGAUCGCGAGUUCAGCUUAUCGGGAGAGGAAGUAGGGGCUGAUACAAUUUCAUUCACUUUGCGCAUGUUGGACCUUCAAGGGCAGGGGAGUCGGCUGGAGUUUAUGUAUUGCUUGGGUUCAGACACUCCGGGUUCUGUCUCUAGGGAGAUGGCCCAGCAGUUCAAGCUUUCUGAUGAAAAUAAGGCUGCUGUCGAGGACUUGAUGGACCAGUCAAUCAAGGUGGUGCUUGAGAGUAGAUGGAGGAGUCAAACAAAACCCGAGUUAUGCGGAAUAGGAUUGCAGUGUUACCAAGAGGACCUGAUGGACUGUAAUCAAAUUGGGAUGGCAAAGAAGGGUAUACGCGUUGCUUGACGUAGUUUAGUGUUCUUUUUACAACUCUCGUGUGAUAUUGUUGCACGGUCAUUUGAUUCAAUGUACGAUAGAUGCUAUUCUUUCAAAUGAAGUUCUUUUCCAUAUUAUGCUAUGGUUUUGUCAA